AUGAAACUGAUUAGUUGCUUGUUUUUGAGCCAGUGCUUUCUUAUAUCGAUUUGUUAUUCGGAUUUAAGUGUAGAAAGAAAAGUAAAAUUUUUGAAUGGCUUCGUUGAUUAUUUGAAUAAUCUACCAAAUCAUUUAUUCUCAUACAGUGACGGUGUACUUUUAAAUGCGCAGCAAAUCGAUGAAAAUCACUACAAGAUUGAAGUCUGCUUGAAAGUGACCACUCUUCACAAUGUGGACACUUCCUCUAAACAGAAGUGUACUGUUACAUUAGAAGACCUGGGAGAAAAAGGAAUUGGUAUUCAGGACCACGAUUAUCAGUGUGAAAUAUAUGCACCACAACUAAAUAGUGGAACCUUCAAUAUUGAUGACGUUGCGUCUCAAGAGCAGAGUAGCACCUCACCCGAACCUGGGUUUGACUACCAGCCAGUUCAGCUUGAUAAUGAAGUCCAGAGCAAUACAGACGUUACCUCAGGGGAACAGUUUGUCGCAAUACCAAGGGAAACUCCAGUGGCGCCGUGUAUUGGAUGUUCGUCUUUUGUGAAUCCUCAAGCUGCUGGUGUCGAUGAGUUAGCUGGGUUAGGAAUUCGACACCUUAACAGACAUGAACCAAAUGUUAAGCAUGCAUUAAAUACGGUCGUCGAAGUGGAGAGGCAGAUUCAGGUGGUGAACGGUGUACGUUAUAUUGUUACGCUAAAAGUUGAUUAUAACAAUUGUACGAAUGAAGUAACAGAUGAAUGUUCUUUUAUGAAACCUUGUAAAAUUACUAUAUUGGAAAAACCGUGGGUCAGGUUUAACGAUGGUUCAAAAUAUAGAGCAAUUUUGGCCAACAACUGCACAGAUGAAUGGAUUUUCGGAGAUGAUGGCGAAGUUAUAUCUGAUGAAAAUAGGGAAAUCAAUGAUAGUAUUAUAAAUCCUUCCAAUUUUGAUCAAGGGGCAAAGGUAAAUGGCGGACAAAAACCUAUACCAGACUACGACAAAAUUGCUAACACGGGAUCUGUGGAUGAUAUACUUAAAGCUAUACAUAGUUCAGACUUACAAGCGGAGCAGUUAACUCAAAAGACAUUGACAGAAGAAGAGUUGAAAAAAUUAGAAGAAGAAAUUAUUCCUUAUAAUCGUUUCUUGGAAACAUCUACGUUAAGCUACGAUGACAAAACACAGAGUUCAGAGUUAGAUCAUUUGAAUUUGCAAAUUAUAUCUAAAGCUAAAGCAAAGGAACAAUACACUCGAAAUCCCAAUUCGAUUGGUCUAGUGAAAGAUAAAGAAAAAUCUUUGAACGGGGAAAAGAAAGCUAUCGAUGAUUUGAUUCGUUUUUUCGAUUCUAUUAGUUCAGAAUUUAAACAAGAAACAGCGAGAUCUAAAAGAUCCACAAAUCUUAAUUUUGUUGGAGGACAACUAUUAAAGGACAAAAACGACCCCUUGUAUAGGUCUUUAGCAGAAGAAUCGUUACUAAAGUAUUUACAGACGUCAAAUGUUGAUCAAGAUUUAAUAGUUGAUGAAGUAGAAAAUGUUACUGUCCAAGUUGUUUCUGGAAUACUUACAAGAAUUUUAUUUCGAAUAGCAGAAAAAAAUGAGGAUUCGCCAUCUGCCUCGCGAAGAUGUUUUUCGCAAGUAUUGGAAAAACCGUGGUUAAACGUAAAAGAAAUUAAUGUGACAUGUCAAGAGACUGAAGAAAGCUCGCUGAGAACCAAAAGACAAAUACCAGGCGGGCAACAAGAACAAAAUCCCAAUGAUCCUAAAUACAUGCAGUUGGCGACGGAAUCAAUGCAGAAGUACCUUCAGACAUCAGGAAAUGCCAACCCUCACAAAGUAAUAGAAAUCGAAAAAGUCACAACCCAAGUUGUUUCUGGCAGCUUGACUACGCUAUAUUUCAAGAUUAAGCCAGAACAGGGCUCAGGCGACGUCAUAAGCUGUCUAUCUAAGGUUUGGGAGCAGUCCUGGCUUAAUAAGAAAGACAUAGAUGUUUCAUGCCAAAUUGGUGAUGGUGCAUGGCGAACCAAAAGACAAAUACCAGGCGGGCAACAAGAACAAAAUCCCAAUGAUCCUAUAUACAUGCAGUUGGCGACGGAAUCAAUGCACAAGUACCUUCAGGCAUCAGGAAAUGCCAACCCUCACAAAGUAAUAGAAAUCGAAAAAGUCACUACCCAAGUUGUAUCUGGCAGCAUGACUACGCUAUAUUUCAAGAUUAAGCCAGAACAGGGCUCAGGCGACGUCAUAAGCUGUCUAUCAAAGGUUUGGGAGCAGUCUUGGCUUAAUAAGAAAGACAUAGAUGUUUCAUGCCAAAUUGGUGAUGGUGCAAGGCGAACCAAAAGACAAAUACCAGGCGGGCAACAAGAACAAAAUCCCAAUGAUCCUAAAUACAUGCAGUUGGCGACGGAAUCAAUGCAGAAGUACCUUCAGGCAUCAGGAAAUGCCAACCCUCACAAAGUAAUAAAAAUCGAAAAAGUCACUACCCAAGUUGUAUCUGGCAGCAUGACUACGCUAUAUUUCAAGAUUAAGCCAGAACAGGGCUCAGGCGACGUCAUAAGCUGUCUAUCAAAGGUUUGGGAGCAGUCUUGGCUUAAUAAGAAAGACAUAGAUGUUUCAUGCCAAAUUGGUGAUGGUGCAAGGCGAACCAAAAGACAAAUACCAGGCGGGCAACAAGAACAAAAUCCCAAUGAUCCUAAAUACAUGCAGUUGGCGACGGAAUCAAUGCAGAAGUACCUUCUGGCAUCAGGAAAUGUCAACCCUCACAAAGUAAUAGAAAUCGAAAAAGUCACUACCCAAGUUGUAUCUGGCACCAUGACUACGCUAUAUUUCAAGAUUAAGCCAGAACAGGGCUCAGGCGACGUCAUAAGCUGUCUAUCAAAGGUUUGGGAGCAGUCUUGGCUUAAUAAGAAAGACAUAGAUGUUUCAUGCCAAAUUGGUGAUGGUGCAAGGCGAACCAAAAGACAAAUACCAGGCGGGCAACAAGAACAAAAUCCCAAUGAUCCUAAAUACAUGCAGUUGGCGACGGAAUCAAUGCAGAAGUACCUUCUGGCAUCAGGAAAUGUCAACCCUCACAAAGUUAUAGAAAUCGAAAAAGUCACUACCCAAGUUGUAUCUGGCACCAUGACUACGCUAUAUUUCAAGAUUAAGCCAGAACAGGGCUCAGGCGACGUCAUAAGCUGUCUAUCAAAGGUUUGGGAGCAGUCUUGGCUUAAUAAGAAAGACAUAGAUGUUUCAUGCCAAAUUGGUGAUGGUGCAAGGCGAACCAAAAGACAAAUACCAGGCGGGCAACAAGAACAAAAUCCCAAUGAUCCUAAAUACAUGCAGUUGGCGACGGAAUCAAUGCAGAAGUACCUUCAGACAUCAGGAAAUGCUAACCCUCACAAAGUAAUAGAAAUCGAAAAAGUCACAACCCAAGUUGUUUCUGGCAGCUUGACUACGCUAUAUUUCAAGAUUAAGCCAGAACAGGGCUCAGGCGACGUCAUAAGCUGUCUAUCUAAGGUUUGGGAGCAGUCCUGGCUUAAUAAGAAAGACAUAGAUGUUUCAUGCCAAAUUGGUGAUGGUGCAUGGCGAACCAAAAGACAAAUACCAGGCGGGCAACAAGAACAAAAUCCCAAUGAUCCUAUAUACAUGCAGUUGGCGACGGAAUCAAUGCAGAAGUAUCUUCAGACAUCAGGAAAUGUCAACCCUCACAAAGUAAUAGAAAUUGAAAAAGUCACAACCCAAGUUGUAUCUGGCAUCAUGACUACGCUAUAUUUUAAUAUUAAGCCAGAACAGGGCUCAGGAGACGUUAUAAGCUGUCUAUCAAAGGUUUGGGAGCAGUCUUGGCUUAAUAAGAAAGACAUAGAUGUUUCAUGCCAAAUUGGUGAUGGUGCAAGGCGAACCAAAAGACAAAUACCAGGCGGGCAACAAGAACAAAAUCCCAAUGAUCCUAAAUACAUGCAGUUGGCGACGGAAUCAAUGCAGAAGUACCUUCUGGCAUCAGGAAAUGCCAACCCUCACAAAGUAAUAGAAAUCGAAAAAGUCACUACCCAAGUUGUAUCUGGCACCAUGACUACGCUAUAUUUCAAGAUUAAGCCAGAACAGGGCUCAGGAGACGUUAUAAGCUGUCUAUCAAAGGUUUGGGAGCAGUCUUGGCUUAAUAAGAAAGACAUAGAUGUUUCAUGCCAAAUUGGUGAUGGUGCAAGGCGAACCAAAAGACAAAUACCAGGCGGGCAACAAGAACAAAAUCCCAAUGAUCCUAUAUACAUGCAGUUGGCGACGGAAUCAAUGCAGAAGUACCUUCUGGCAUCAGGAAAUGCCAACCCUCACAAAGUAAUAGAAAUCGAAAAAGUCACUACCCAAGUUGUAUCUGGCAUCAUGACUACGCUAUAUUUUAAGAUUAAGCCAGAACAGGGCUCAGGAGACGUUAUAAGCUGUCUAUCAAAGGUUUGGGAGCAGUCUUGGCUUAAUAAGAAAGACAUAGAUGUUUCAUGCCAAAUUGGUGAUGGUGCAAGGCGAACCAAAAGACAAAUACCAGGCGCGCAACAAGAACAAAAUCCCAAUGAUCCCAAAUACAUGCAGUUGGCGACGGAAUCAAUGCAGAAGUAUCUUCAGACAUCAGGAAAUGUCAACCCUCACAAAGUAAUAGAAAUUGAAAAAGUCACAACCCAAGUUGUAUCUGGCAUCAUGACUACGCUAUAUUUUAAGAUUAAGCCAGAACAGGGCUCAGGAGACGUUAUAAGCUGUCUAUCAAAGGUUUGGGAGCAGUCUUGGCUUAAUAAGAAAGACAUAGAUGUUUCUUGCCAAAUUGGUGAUGGUUCAUGGAGAACCAAAAGACAAAUACGAGGAGGACAAAAGGAACAAAAUCCCAAUGAUCCCAAAUACAUGCAGUUGGCGACGGAAUCAAUGCAGAAGUAUCUUCAGACAUCAGGAAAUGUCAACCCUCACAAAGUAAUAGAAAUUGAAAAAGUCACAACCCAAGUUGUUUCUGGCAGCUUGACUACGCUAUAUUUCAAGAUUAAGCCAGAACAGGGCUCAGGCGACGUCAUAAGCUGUCUAUCAAAGGUUUGGGAGCAGCCGUGGCUUAAUAAGAAAGAUAUAAAUGUAUCAUGCCAAUUUGGUGACGACUACUAUCAAGUUAAGAAACGAGUGAAAAGGAGUGUAGGUGUUAGAGAGGAACAAGAUCCAUCGCUCCCAGAAUUUAAAUCAUUAGCUGCGAAAUCAUUACGUCAUUACCUAAAGUUAGAAGGCAUUAAACGGCAUCACGAGGUUAUUCUCGUAAAACGCGUAGUGUUGAAAGUUGUUUCAGGGAUGUUGUACGAAAUUGAUUACAUUGCGUCUCCUACAAAAUGUAGGAAAGUUGCUCCGAAACCGCAAAGUUGUGUUUUGUAUUGUCAUACUAAAAUUUGGGAUAGGCCGUGGUUGGGGCAUAUGAAAAUAGAUGUUGAAUGUUACAAAGGUGACGACGAAGAUUAUGAAGAUGAGGAAUUAUUAGACGUAAAAGAAAAUGGCAACAAUCAUGUAGUCACAGUAAAACCAAAACAUUUAAAAGAAUUUAAAAAAUUACACGUCAUCAACAAGAGAUCAGUUAAUUCAAAAUUGUCACUAACUGAUCAAAUGGCUAUUGAUAAAUUAGUCCAAGAAUCGCUAGAGAAACUUGAAAUGUUAUCUUCACACAAACAUAAACAGAGAGUGUUUCAAGUAAACAAUUAUUCUAGUAAAAUAACGUCUGGCCGUGUUACUACAAUUGAUUUUGACGUAGGCUAUACGUCAUGUUUAAAACAUGAAUUAGUAGAAAAUAUUACAAAUUGUGUUUUCUUAGAUUUGCCUAAGCGACACUGUGUAUCAAAUGUUUGGGAAAGGCUGUGGUUGAAGAAUGGGAAAGACAUUGAAGUCACGUGCGAAGAUCAUCCAGUGCAAGAUAUCGCUUUGAACUCUGAAAAUGCAAUAAAUCUUGCCACAGAAGCUUUGAAGCAUAUCGAAGCCAAGUACCCCAAUCCUCGGCGGCAAAAAAUUGUGAAGAUAUUUUCAUUAAAAAAGCAAGUUGUGGCUGGUAUUCACUAUAGAAUGAAGGUUGAAGUGGGCGCAACAAACUGUUUAGCAUUGAGCAUUAAACAAAACUGUACAUUGGUCAGUGAUAUGGGCGCAAACACAUUUUGUCGGGUGAACGUAUGGAUGCGGCCGUGGACAGACCACCCCCCAAAUUUUCGCGUAUCAUGCAACUAUGAUAAUUUUGACGAUACCUUACACAGACAUCUACAAGCCCAACAUCUAUUUUACGAUUUUCUCGCUACAUACAGACCGGCCUAUUUAAAUGACCGUGAAAAUAUGUUGAAGAGGUUUGAAAUUUUUAAGGACAACGUGAGAAAGAUCCACGAACUGAACACUCACGAGAGAGGUACUGCAACGUAUGGUGUUACGAAAUUUGCUGAUCUUACAUAUGAGGAAUUUAGUAGUAAAUAUUUGGGAUUGAAGCCGAGCUUAAGGAAUCAUAACUAUAUUCCUAUGAGGAAAGCAGUGAUACCGGAUGUUAGCCUGCCUGAUCGGAUAGACUGGCGCGAACGUGGCGCUGUCACUGAAGUAAAGGAUCAAGGGUCCUGUGGCAGUUGUUGGGCUUUCAGUGUUACAGGCAACAUUGAGGGUCAAUGGAAGAUAAAGACAGGUAAUCUGGUAUCAUUGAGCGAGCAGGAGCUAGUUGACUGCGACAGACUGGACCAAGGUUGUAACGGAGGAUUGCCGGACAAUGCCUAUAGAGCUAUUGAGCAGUUGGGUGGACUUGAGACGGAGAGAGAUUACCCCUACGAAGGCGAGGACGACAAGUGCUCUUUCAACAAAAGUUUAUCGAAGGUCACCAUCAGCGGCGCCGUCAACAUUACCUCCAAUGAGACUGACAUGGCUAAAUGGCUGGUCAAUAAUGGGCCCAUAUCAAUAGGUAUAAACGCAAACGCUAUGCAGUUCUAUGUGGGUGGGGUGUCCCACCCGUGGAAGAUACUAUGCAAUCCUAACAAAAUUGAUCACGGCGUACUCAUCGUGGGAUAUGGCGAGAAAGACUACCCUCUUUUCCACAAGCGUCUCCCUUACUGGACCAUCAAGAACUCUUGGGGCACAUCAUGGGGCGAACAGGGCUAUUAUCGCGUGUACCGCGGCGACGGCACCUGUGGCGUCAACAUGAUGGCCAGCAGUGCUGUUAUAUAA